GUGAGUGACUCCACGAUUGUGUUUCCCAGCCACGCUCCAGACCACUGCAAUUCAUAAACGUUCAGGAAUCACUUGGUGUUUUCAAGUGGAUUACCCGGUGCACUGUCGCCUCUGUGAGAUAUGAGCGGGCUUCGAGCAGUUCUCGGUUUAGACGAGGAGGAGAACCGGAGUCAGUCGCGGCGGGACGCGGCGAGUCUGCUGAAGGCGCGUUUUCUAGACGCGCUCAUGCGUAACGACGCGGCGGAGGUCGCAAAAAUCCUGCGCACCACCAGCAUUGAUAUAGACACUGUGUUAGAUGUGGAGGACCGCGAUAUGGUCCUUGCCUCGUAUAAGCAAGGUUACUGGCUGCCGAGUUAUAAACUGGAGACGUCCUGGGCGAUGGGUCUUCACGUGUGUAUGAUGUACAGCGCAUUGGACAGUGCUGUGGUUCUCCUGCAGAACGGAGCAGCGGUCAACAGAAAGCCGAAUGGGAAGACACCUCUACAUGUGGCCUGUACGGUGGCCAGCGCUGACUGUGUGGGCCUUCUGCUGGACUGGGGCGCACGGAUCAACAGCAUGUCUCUGAGCGGACAUACGCCAUUACACUACUGCAUCACACCAGAGUCACUGGACUGCGCCAAAAUACUUGUGCACAAAGGUGCCAAACUCAACAUGCCCAGUGAGGAGAACGAGGACACCCCUCUGCACACGGCGGCCCGCUACGGGCUCCCAGAAACGGUUGCAUUUUAUAUCGCACACGGAGCCACUAUCAAUGCAGUUAACGGCUACAGGGAGACGCCUCUGAUCACUGCUGUAUUCUGGGCCAUGGACAUUCGUGAGCGGACCUACAGCUCAGACCACCAUCUUGUCUGCCGGAUCCUGCUGGACCACAAUGCUAACCUGCAUAUGCAAGAGGAAGACAAGAAGACGGCGCUGCACAAAGCCUGCUGGAACUGUGACCAUGUGCUGGUUCAGAUGUUGCUGGAGGCUGGAGCAAACACUAAUGAUAUGGAUGUCAACGGCUGCGCAGCCAUACAGUAUGUGCUGAAGGUGACGCAGAUCAGGCCGUGGGCUAUUCCUGAACGCUGCUAUCAGCUGCUUCUGAACUACGGAGCAGCACGGGUGUAUCCGCCGCAGUUUCACAAGGUUUUGCAGGCGUGUUAUGAAUACCCCAGAGCAGUGGAGGUCAUGGUAAACUCUUAUGAGCACAUCAAACACACCAAAAAAUGGAGGGCUGCAAUACCUGAAGCUGUUUAUGAGAGGCACAGAAAUUUCUAUGACUCUUUGUUUGCCGUCUGCACCAACACUCCACGGACUCUCCAGCAUCUGUCCAGAUGUGCCAUUCGGGCUGCAAUGUUGAAACGCUGUGAACUGGGUGUCCAGCAACUCUUUCUUCCUACAUCGGUGAAGAAAUAUUUACUUCUGGAGCCUGUAGGAAUCAUAUACUGACAUUGUCUUCAUUAUAAACAAACGAUUGCUUUUACAUAAAUUCCUCAUACACUUUGGUUAAUUGCUAUGUUUGCUUGUUGUACAUUCCACAUAAAUCCAAUGUUGACAAUAAUAA